CCCCACCAUUACUGCACUACUACGAAAAAGCCCACUCUUCCUUUGCAAUUUUUGCAUCCACCAUUUUUUCCCUUUCAGAGUAGGGGCAGGCAGGGCUUUGCCUUCUUCUUCAUCCUUUCUGUCUCUGUGUGUCUUGCAAUACCAUAUUCAUGUCUGGCUUAUACGCACAGAAUUUUUCGCCUGCAAGAACUCUGUCUCCACAUAUAAGAACAACCCCUGAUGUUGAUAGUGGUCACUAUUUGACAGAGUUGCUUGAAGAGCACCAGAAGCUUGGACCUUUUACUCGAAUCCUUCCUAUAUGUAGCCGACUUUUGAAUCAAGAAAUAUUGAGGGCCUCUGGAAUGAUGUCCAACCAGGGGUUAAGUGACUUUGAUAGACUGCAACGUGGAAGCUUGAGCCCUAUGGCUUCUUCAGACAUGUUGCCAAAUAAUAGAGGAACAGGGAUAAUUGGGUGGAAUGGGCUGCCGAAUGAGAGAUUAGGAAUGCAGGGGAUUAAUAUGGACUGGCAAGCAGCACCAGCAAGCCCAAGUUCCUAUAUUGUGAAGAAAAUCUUGCGUUUGGAUGUUCCUGUUGAUAGCUAUCCAACUUUCAAUUUUGUAGGCCGACUUUUGGGCCCUAGGGGCAAUUCGUUGAAGCGUGUGGAAGCCUCUACAGGGUGUCGGGUGUAUAUAAGAGGAAAAGGUUCAAUAAAAGACCCUGAAAAGGAAGAAUCAUUAAGGGGAAGACCAGGCUAUGAGCAUCUGAGUGAUCCUCUGCACAUUAUAAUUGAGGCUGAAUUACCUGUCAAUAUUAUUGAUAUGCAAAUGAGACAAGCGCAGGAAAUAAUUGAAGAACUGCUUAAACCUGUGGAUGAGUCACAGGAUAUCUAUAAGAGGCAUCAACUGAGAGAAUUAGCAAUGUUGAAUUCAAACUAUAGGGAAGAGAGCAAUAGACCAUGUGGUAGUGUCUCUCCUUUCAAUUCAAGUGGAAUGAAGCGUGCCAAAACUGGCCAAUAGUGCUUCAUGAUUCAAUCUUCUCACUGGUUUCUCUAAAAUACUCUUUCAAUAUUAUUUCUAUUUAAUGCUUCUCAUUAUGUGUCAAAUCCUGUAUAGCUACAAACAAGUGCUUUGAAGAACUGGCUGGUAGUUUUCAACCCUGGUUAUUUGUUGGGUAACACAAACAUUAACAAGGGAAAGGAAAUAGAAAUUCAUUUGGUAUAACUUUUCUCCAUGUAAUAGCUUGCAGGUGUACAAGUAUUAACAAUUGUUAAAUUAAUUCUGUAAUUAACAUCAA